UACCUUUUUCCCCCCCCCCCGUUUCUUUUGCAAUUUUAUUCCCUAUGUGGAAGUCGCGUGUGAUUCGUGCUCGGCACACUGCAUGGGAAGAAGCGGCUGGUGCUUUGGAUCGAGGAUUUGCUGUUGCAAAGCGGUCUAACUUCCAUGCAGUGGGGCAGCCUUCACUACUCUAAACGCCUUGAUGAUGUGCUGAGGAGCCCAUGUAGAUUGGCAUCUUGUGCAGAGAAGGCACUUAAGCUACUCCUGGCAUUCUACACAAACACUCAUUAGUCAUUCUGGAGAUGGACUUGCUGUCUGGAACCUACCUCUUGGCAGUCUUGUUGGCCUGCAUCGUGUUCCAAUCUGGCGCCCAGGAGAAGAAUUACACCGUGCGGGAAGAACUGCCUGAAAAUGUCCUCAUUGGCAACCUGCUCAAGGAUCUCAACCUAACCCUGGACCCAGACGUGCCCCUCUCCUCCCCGCUGCAGUUCAAGCUGGUGUACAAGACCGGGGACGUGCCCCUGGUGCGGGUGGAGGAGAACACCGGGGAGAUCUUCACGGCCGCCAACCGCAUCGACCGCGAGAAGCUGUGCGCCGGCAUCCUCAGCGAGAGCCGCUGCUUCUACGAGGUGGAGGUGGCCGUGCUGCCUGAUGAGGUCUUCAGGCUGGUCAAGAUCAGGUUCCUAAUCGAGGAUAUAAAUGACAACGCUCCUCUUUUCCCCUCUACAGUAAUUAACAUCUCGAUCCCUGAGAACACAGCCAUUAAUUCCCGCUACUCUGUCCCGUCUGCCAUCGACCCGGACAUCGGGGUGAACGGCAUCCAGCAUUAUGAGCUCCUCAAGGGUCAAAAUGUAUUUGGUCUUGACAUAACUGAGACACCUGAGGGAGAUAAGUGGCCUCAACUGAUCGUCCAGCAGAUCUUGGAUAGGGAGCAGAAGGACACCUAUGUGAUGAAAAUCAAAGUUGAAGAUGGUGGGAGCCCCCCAAGGUCCAGCACUGCCAUCCUGCAGGUGACAGUGACCGAUGUCAACGACAACCGCCCGGUGUUCAAGGAGAACGACAUCGAGGUCAGCGUGCCGGAAAACGCCCCCGUGGGCACCUCCGUGUCCCAGCUGCACGCCACCGACGCUGACCUGGGCUCCAAUGCGCAGAUCCACUUCUACUUCAGCAACCAGAUCUCCAGCCUGGCCAAAAGGCUCUUUGCCAUCGAUAACACCACUGGCCUCAUCACCAUCAGGGAGCCGCUGGACAGGGAGGAAUCUCCUGUGCACAAAUUGACCGUUUUGGCAAGUGAUGGCAGCUCGACUCCCUCGAGAGCCACAGUGACUGUUAAUGUCACAGACAUCAAUGACAAUGUCCCAUCCAUAGACACGAGGUACAUCAUCAACCCUGUGAAUGGGACAGUGCUUUUGUCUGAGAAGGCUCCCCUUAAUACAAAAAUUGCAUUGAUAACAGUGAUGGACAAGGACGCGGAUCAGAAUGGGAAAGUGACCUGUUUUACAGAUCACGAUGUCCCUUUCAGGCUAAAACCAGUGUUUGAUAAUCAGUUUCUCCUGGAGACAGCCACGUUUCUAGACUAUGAAGCUACCCGGGAAUAUGCCAUCAAAAUAGUGGCUUCAGAUUCAGGGAAGCCUCCCUUAAACCAGUCUGCAAUGCUCCUGAUCAAAAUUAAGGACGAAAACGACAACGCCCCAGUUUUCACACAGCCUGUCAUAGGCCUGUCCAUCCCUGAAAACAACGCCCCUGGUACUCAGCUAACCAAGAUCAGUGCCACAGACGCCGACAGCGGGCGCAAUGCCGAGAUCAGCUACAUCCUGGGUUCUGAUGCCCCCCCAAUUUUCAACCUGGACCGCCGCACAGGCAUCCUGACAGCGGUGAGAAAGCUGGACAGAGAAAAGCAAGACAGGUACUCCUUCACUGUGCUGGCUAAGGAUAACGGGAUGCCACCUUUGCAGACCAAUGCUACCGUGACGGUGUCAGUGCUGGACCAGAACGAUAACAGCCCUGCUUUCACACAUAGUGAAUAUAAUUUCUACGUGCCAGAAAACCUGCCCAUGUAUGGCACAGUGGGGCUUAUCACCGUUACGGACGCUGACGCGGGAGACAACGCUGCGGUCACCCUCUCUAUCUUAAAUGGUAGAGAUAAUUUCAUUAUAGAUCCACUUACUGGUGUGAUAAGACCUAACAUUACCUUUGAUAGGGAGCAGCAGGGGUCAUACACUUUCCAGGUGAAAGCAGUGGAUGGAGGAAGACUGCAGCGUUCCUCGACUGCCAAAGUGACCAUCAAUGUUGUUGAUGUAAAUGAUAACAGGCCUGUUUUUGUUAUUCCCUCAUCUAAUUAUUCCUAUGAGUUGGUCCCAACGUCAGCCAGCCCAGGGUCUGUAGUCACCAAAGUCUUUGCGGUUGAUAAUGACACGGGAAUGAACGCAGAGCUCCGCUAUAGCAUCAUAGGUGGGAACUCCAGGGGCUUGUUUACCAUUGACCAAUUAACAGGCAAUAUUACCUUGAAAGAGAAGGUGAUUGGAUCAGAUCAUGGCCUGCACAGACUGGUGAUCAAGGUGAAUGACCUGGGACAGCCAGAGUCUCUUUACACAAUAGCUCUCGUGCACUUGUUUGUGAACGAGACCGUCACCAACAGCUCCUACGUGCAAGAGCUGGUGCGUAGGAAUAUGGAAACUCCAGUGGGCCAGAACAUUGGGGAUGGUGAGAUAACCCCACAGACCAAUGAUUAUGUCAAGAUCAUCAUUGCCAUUAUUGCAGGCACCAUGACAGUUAUUCUGGUAAUUUUUGUUACCGCUUUAGUCCGGUGCCGCCAGACGCCCAGGCACAAGGUUGUCCAAAAAAAUAAGCAGAGUGGUGAGUGGGUUUCCCCCAACCAAGAGAACAGGCAGAUCAAGAAAAAGAAGAAGAAGAAGAAGCGCUCUCCAAAGAGUCUCCUCCUCAACUUUGUGACUAUUGAAGAGUCUAAGCCUGAUGAUCCUGGCCACGAGCACAUAAAUGGCACUUUAGACAUUCCCGUAGAGCUGGAAGAACAGACUAUGGGAAAAUAUAACUGGGCCACCACACCAACCACAUUUAAACCUGAUAGCCCAGACUUAGCAAAGCACUACAAGUCUGCUUCUCCACAGCCUACCUUUCAAAUUAAACCUGAGACUCCUGUACCCCCCAAGAAGCACCAUGUCAUUCAGGAAUUGCCUCUAGAUAACACCUUUGUGGUGGGCUGUGACUCACUUUCCAAAUGCUCAUCCAGCAGCUCGGACCCUUACAGUGUUUCUGAAUGCAGCUGUCAAGGAGGCUUCAAGACCCCAGGCCCCAUACACACCAGACAGCACACAAAGGAAGUGGGAAGGCCACAAACUCCUUUGAAAGAAACAACCUUGGAGCCCUGGACUCAGCCACAGCCCCAGCGCCGGGUCACCUUCCACCUGCCAGAUGGCUCCCAGGAGAGCUGCAGUGACAGCGGCCUGGGCGACCACGAGCCCGCCAGCGGGGCCAGCACGUCCCACCCGCUGCCCCUGGGCUUCCCCCAGGACGAGUUCUACGAGCAGGCGUCGCCCAACAGCCGCACCGAGGGCGACGGCAACUCCGACCCCGAGUCCACUAUCGAGGUGAACCUGCAGAAAGCCCUGGCCGAGGCCUCUGAGAACUGCACGCAGGAGUGCCUCAUCCUCGGCCACUCCGACACCUGCUGGAUGCCGCCGGCGCUGGCGCCGUUCCCGCAGCCCAACGCCUCCCUGCCGUCCUUCGGCUUCCAGCCAGGCUGGGGCCGAGGAGCCGGGCCCGAGGGACGCCACACCCUCGGCAGGCCGCUGCCCAAGGACGACAGUGACAAAGGCCAGGCUGGGCCCAGGCCCCAGUUCUACAACACCUGCGAGAGACAUUGCGCCGGCGAGGAUCCCGUCAAGGUCAUCCCCCUGGCCAACUUCGGCGCCUCCCGCCCGGCGCCGGGGGCCGGCGGCAGCUCCAGCUUCGUCCACGAGCACCAGCUGUGAGCGCAGGGCUGAGAAACCCCCAGUUCCAGGCUUUAAGGGUGACUGUGGAUAGUCACGGCCUAACGCCGCUCCUGGCGCGCCCCGCCGGCUCGUUGGGCCUGUGAAUGUUUGUGUAUAUAGAACCCGAAAUCCGAAACGCGGUAUCGAAAUCUUUAGGACCUGCUUGAAAGGUGGUUAUUGUAGUUCUUGGUGAAAUCCAGAAAAUGGGGAAGAGAACCCACAACCCAGAAACAAUCAGAGGAAAAACAAAAUCCUGUUCAUUUUCUUACACGGGCCAUGUAGUGCGAAUAUCUGCCAGCAGUUCUUCCUCCCUUUGAAGGCAAUUCCUUAGUACAGUUUGGGGAUAUUGCAGUCUAAAAAUAGCUUACUCAAAUUGUUCUUUGUUGUUCUAAUUUAUAGCAUAUUCAUAGAUUUCAUCUUCCAUUUGCUUAGCGUUAGAGAUCAAGUGAGCAAUUUCUCAUUUGAUUACUUGAUAAAAUAGA